GCGUUGAGUCACCUGCGAACGCAGCAGUUCGGCUAGCUACGGCCGCACCCGUUGGAAAGUCGAGUAGACUGUACUAGUAUCUUGGUGGGCAUGGCGGUGUUAUUAGUCUCCGACUGGUCAGAGUCAGAGACAGAAUCUAGCACGACCGGUAGCUCGGACGACGAUGAGUUUGAAGAGGAAGUACGAGCAAUGGAGGCGUCAGCACGAGUAGUAGCGGCGGCCGAAGAAAAGGAUAAAGUACCGGCAGCAGGCGUAGCGGCUGCUCCAGCGGAGGAACGUAGCGUGGAGAAGACACCCAAGGAGAAGGAAACUGCACUUCGGCGGGCUUUGAAAGAUUCGAAGCACAGACAGCUGCAGAUGUGGCAAGACUGCAAAGACUCCAAAGAGCAGCGGCGUGCUAGGUUGGCUAGGAGAAAAAGCAUGGCGGCGAUAAACGUUGCAAUGAGAGAGCAGAGACAGACCGUACACACUUUGCUAUCAACUGACGGUAUGGAGAUGAUUCAUGAAGUUGUGCUCGAUGACAACAUUGAUAUGCUGAAGGAGUUGCUACGAGAUCAGUUCCGAAUCGAACAGAACCUAGAGCGGCGUACAAGCAGUCCAUCACCUGGCUACACACCACUCCUGCUUGCUGCUUUCGUAGGUAACGUGCGCAUGGCCAGAGCACUGCUAGCCGAGUACGGUGCUAAUCCUUACGUGCGUGACCACAUGGGACGAAGUUUGCACCGACUGGCCAUCCUGGGUCACAGCACUGAGCUGGCACACCUGCUCAACACAAUGCCGGCAUGGCGACCACCGGCACGACGGGCACGAACACACCACCGACACAGCUUUCUAUACAGCCUCGUGAAAGCCCUCUACUCUAAGAAUCGGAUAGUGCGCACCAGUGCAAUUAAGCUACUCGCGGAGCUGGUUGACGUGGAUUGUAGGCUUUGUACUACGGAUCAGCUACGGCCGAAGGGGUUCAGCGAUGCUGAGAAGGAGAAGUCGUAUCACCCAACUAUGGUAGUAAAGUUAGAGCCAUCAGCAGGUAUAGCUAGUCACAGAUCAGGAAAUCUCCUAUAUGGUGCACCCAGCAUAUCGCUGAUGCAUUAUCAUAGUGUAAGUCAUGGCGACCGGGAGUUUGGUUUUCAUCAGGAACCCGUUCAGCAGAGUUCACAUUCUAAUGACCACACCAUGAUGCAGAGUUCACAUGCUAAUGACCACACAGUGAAAGCCACUGUAUCAGAGCUCAUGGCAGAAACCAACAGGGAAUUGUUCCUUAGUGCCCUGAGGACCAGUGUGGAGAAUUUUGUGUCGGAAGAAGCUGGUGACCUGCUGUUCAUCGUGGAGAGGUGUUUGAUGACACGCUAUGGGAGGCAGUGUUUGUGCAAAGAGCAAGCCAAAUUCAACACACCCAAACCAGUUGAGAAGGAUGAGGAGGAUGAAGACGGUGAGCAAGCAGGAGACAGCGGGCAAGGAAAAGAUCGCAAGGAAAAAAAGACCGACACGAGUAAAGACAACGGGACAGAAAGCAGCAAUGGACAAGAUGAUGAGCAAGGAAAAGGCGAUCAGCAAGAAAAAGGCAAUGCACAGGACGAUGACAACAAGCAGGUUGAUGACACUGAGCAAGCAGAAGGUGAUAAUCAAAAGGAUGAGCCCAAGAGUAAGCAAGCAAAUGCUGAAGAACAGACAAAAUGCUUGAAAGAACCCACACAAUGUGAAGAAGAAAUGAUGGGUAAUGAAGCAAACAAGGAAGCCAAAGACAGUAGAGAGACUGGGCAAGUGAUAGAUGAUGAAACUGACACAGCAAGUAUUGACGAUGGCGCAGCAAGUGAAGAUACUAUCAGCCCGUCUCUGCUCGGUACCUUGCUGUUAUGUCUGUCAGACCGCGUACCAUGGCAUAUUCAAGAAGUAGCGGCCAAGUGUCUCAAGUUGCUGCUGGUGUCCAGAGAAGCCUGUGAUAACGGGAUUACUGAAGAUUUUAGCUGUAACGGGCCGAGAAUAGGAAGGUUCUUGGCAACUAUUCUUCGCACUGAAUCCCCUGUGGUGAAACUUAUUUUGUUGGAGAUUCAAAAGAAGGCAAUGGAACAUUUGAGCGAGGCAGAUCUCCUUACGUUUGUAAAGAGCGGAAUUAUUGCAGAGCUUGUGAGAACCGCUGCAAGAAAAUAUGACCGGAACACCUGCAUCCAAAUUGAGACGCAUGCACUGAUCAACACAUCUGCAGUUCGCGAAAGCAAAAAGAUGGUUCGCAUUCUGCUGUCUCAGGGCCUUCUAGGCAGUGCUUUGUGUCUGUGUUAUUCAGUCCUGCAGUCAGUCAGACUGCAGGCACCAAGCCUACUCUGGUCAGUGUGCGACUCUGAACACGAGGCAACAUGGGAUGCUCUAGUGGCAAAUUUGUGCUGUGCAGCUAGGCCACCAGCAGACCCACAACACAGGCAAGAGCAUGCCGAACGUAAACUGGCAGAAAGGAAAAUGGAGGAAAGGCAGCUUCGCCUCUUGCGGAAGUGCAGCAAGAAGAGCACAGAAGACACAAACAGCAUACGGCAGUGGAAGCAGGAACUGGAGAACUGGAAGAAAACGUCAUCACGUCUCCAGGACUGUCGGCAGCAAACGCAAAAGGAGCUACUCACGCUGCAAGAAUUCUCACAACAGCUAGCCGAAUGCCAAUGCAAUCGAAACACAGCAAUACGAUAUAAACAAGAAGAGCGAAGACUGCGCAUGGAGUUUCAGAGACAGCAAGUAACCGAGCGAGACAUACAUGAUGGCUGUGUUCUACACCAAAUGAAGCUCCAACGACAGAUCGAUCGAGCAAAAGCGGAGCAGAAGAAGGCAAUGGAAGUACAGAUUAAAGUGACAUCACAACUGUCAUUGUCCAGUAAGAGGCGGCAGACGUUAGAAGCAUUGGCACAAAGAGAGGAGAAAAAACGGACCGCGCCGUGUGCACAGAGCGCAAAAUCUUUCCUGGAGAACUUUGUUGACAUCAUCCACGAUCCGUGCCAGGCUGAGUUGCAGACAAGUAUCUUGCUGGUGGUGAUGACGGCAGCGGAUGGCAAUGACAGCAAGGAAUUUAUGAUCUACAAGCUGCUUGGAACAAAACUCGUUAUGGAGCUGCUUAGCUUGAGAAGCACAUACCAGCAGUAUGUUGCCCUCAAGGCUCUUUAUCAGUUAUUGCAGUUGGGAACCGAGGAAUUCCGCUCUCCAAUCCAACAAAAGGGGGCAGUUCAUACGCUGCUGGGCUUCAUCAAGAGUUUCCCUAACGAAAAGGAUGCCGGCCUAGACUAUCCCGAGAAGUACAUCGAGUUGACGAAGGAUGGAAGGAGAUGUAACUCCCUCUGGGCCGGUGUCGACGAUACGACCAAGUGGUGCCUGGCUGGCCGAGUACGCGUCGAGGAUAUUGAGGUGGCGUGUCGACGACUGGCCAUGCUUGUCCUGGGCAAGGUGUGUAUUGAUCCGGGAAUGAAACAGAGAACUGACAUACAAGACUGGGUAUUUAAGCAGACCAAAGCAGUGCAGGUCAUGUGCAAGAUGUGCAAUGGCACGUGGAAGAUAGGAGACACAGCAGCUGCCAUCCACAGCCUUGCUUGUCUCUCCUACAGAAAUGGAAAGGUUGGAAUUGCGAUAGAGAAGAAACUGCUCUGGCCGCUGCGCAAGAUGGCAAUAUGCCUGGCUUCAUCCACUGCUAGCAAGCGGCUGAAAACGACCGACAUCAUCUUGGGACUGGAGUCACUGGUAUUGAUCAAGCAAAGUGCAGCGUAUGCUGAUGCUCUCGCCAGUGGACAUAUAGAGGCGUGCACGACCAAAUCUCUACUGACGUUACCACGCCGUGCAGCGGUAAAGCUGGACCGGAGUAUUAUAUGGCCAAGGGAAAGAUGGUUCAAGGGUGAUCAAUUAGGACUGGCUAAGACCAUGUACAGCAUAGCCGCGUUAGGCGACACACUCGCUGGCACUGAGGGCACCGUGGCCGGUACAGCCGAUGCGUUGCUCUGUUUGGUGGACCUGUUGCGGUGCCCGGACACAGAUCUGAACGUGCACUUGUGCGUAUGCCGUCGUAUCUUCGACUUGCUGACAGUCCACCCUGGUCAUGCCAGUGCACUAGCAGUGGCUGGCAUCAUGGCACCUCUACUGCACAUGCUUGCAUCGGGCUCCGGUACGUUCACUGAACUGGCAUCCGCGCCCAUUGCUCUCCUGGUAAAGAACGACAGCAAGGCGAAGCGAGAACUCUUCAGUGCUUGCCGUCAGGAGCCUCACCUAUUCACCUAUCUUGCCGUGGUGUGCGGCGAUUUGCUCCCUGCAAACAUCCGUAGAGCCUGGGACAAUGUGGCGAUGUCUGGUUUGCCGAGACCUGCUAUAUCCCUGGUUGAAAGUCGGAAGAGCUGCAAAGGUCGUCCCUGCAGGCCAGGCGGCUCAGCCAAGAACAGCUUGAUGGCACACAGCAGAGGUGUAACACUGACGCCGCUACACACGCACAGAGGAAUGAUUGGUGACAAGCGAGAAAGACCGCUACCAGCGGGCUGCUUCCAACUGCUGCCCGUUGCCCUCCCGGAAAUUGUGGAAGUGCAACAGUUGGCAAUCAAGGAGCAAAGGCGUAGGGACAGGCAAGGCCAAGGUGGACAAGGUGGAAAGGGUUGAGUAGGAGAAAACUAACAGACACCAUUUCUGAGCAAGUACUGAAGCACUCCAAUCCCUAGAACAAUGGUUGCUAUUGCAGCCAUGCUCUGCAUGGGUGCUUUGAAAUGGUGAAGGAAAACGAUGACCUGAAUUCGGCCUCCAACUGAGAAUCUGAGGAGCGCGGCUAGAAAGUGAUAAUACAUGCAUCCGGCCGCAACUUGCAUGGAUAAGAAAAUGGGGGGUUUUCAGGACCGUUGCGAGCCGACAUGAAGUAGCUUCGCCAAUGAAUGCGACCAGGUCAAUGCAGACUGAGUUAGAACCACAGCUUUAAUGAACCAGUAGAGUGCGUGUGUGUGUGUGUGUGUGUGUGUGUGUGUGUGUUUAUGCGUGGAUAUCAACGGACGCAGUCCUGCCUUGAUCGUUGAUGUUACUUAGUCACUGUCACUGCUCAACAAACCUAUAUCGGCAUACUGCUUACUGGUGUUUUCCAUGUAAGUUCCUCCAGUCGGUUCUCUUUUCUUUUUAACUUCACAGCCCCGAGGUAUGGCAGACUGGUCUUCUCAGCUAUGGCAUUGAUGUGUCCAGUCUGUACUCUUAGCUUAGUUACCAUGACUAUACAUACUCAAAGUUAAUUGUAUGGUGUGAUGUCCUGGAGCUUUUGGAAAUGGCCAAGAGUGUACUUGAAUUCUAAACAUGUACUAGUGUGUGUGUGCAAGGCAAACCAUUGAACUUGUCUGAACUCUUUCUCCAUAUUUGAGGUGCUUAUUGGAGGAUCAUCAUCCCGAUGUUUCCUGUUUUGAAGCCUCAUUCAGCCUUGGUUUAGUCAUCAUCCAGUUCUUAUUCAAUAU